AUGACUCUCAUCAAGUCUGAACCGAAUACUGACAGCUCGAUAUCACUUUUGGACGGUAAAAUAGCCGGGAUUCAGAAAUCAAAGGAUUCCGCAGAUAGCCGCCCAGCUCUGGGCUCAAAGAAGGUGAACGUUGUUAGCGGUAAAAAGGAACCCACGAAAGAUCUGACGAAGUAUAAGUUCGAGGAAUUUCUCUUGAAUGCUGGCGGAGGCAGGCAAGCGAACCUGAGUUCCGCAGAGUUCAAGACCGGUUUCUCAAGCGACAGGGCGCUGAUCAAGAAAGAGCCAGAUAUUAGCAAGAACGCAAACCCUAGCAGCUACAGUACACCUGUCAAGAGGACCGCCGCUGCGGAAGAAAGUGCGGAUAAGGAGAAGAAGAAGCUCGAUACAGCUGGUAAGCUGAAGAAGGUGGCGACACAAAAUGAGGAGCGGGAGUCUCAAACCGUUCAAAAGCCGUUGAAAACGCCGGGUCCUUACCGUCCGAUCACUGAGAUGCUCUACGAAUCCAGUAGCAAAUCGCUUAACGAGUCUGAAGCGCCACUGUUCCAGGACCUAGACCAAGAAUCUGAGAGAAAGUUCUGCCGUGAGGCUGGGCAAUGGUCGCUCGACGAAUGGAUUAGCCAGGGCCAGAUGCUGCUAAAUGCACAUACUAGCCUCGUUGGUCAACUGGUUCGCGAGAGAAUCGAACUGAGCGGAAAGUUCCGAGCCAUAACCUCGGUUAUCAACGACCGGGCCGAGGCCCUUAACAGGCAAGGUCAGCUUCUAGACGAGAAAUUGAGGAAGAUCGAGAAUCUAGGGAAGGAGAUCUUGGAUAUCAUUUGA